AUGUCGAAGGGCGAGGGAAGAAGUAAAAGAAAAUGCUUUACAUGUAUUGCAGCAUUCAUCGUGUUCCAAACCGCGAUCAUACUUGUAUUUGCUCUAACCGUCAUGAAAAUCAGAAGUCCUAAGGUCAGGUUCAAUGCAAUGGUGGUCGAAAGUUUCAAUUCCAACAACGCAACCUCGCCUUCAAUCAACAUGCAAUUGCUAACACAAAUUACUGUGAAAAACACAAAUUUUGGGCACUUCAAGUAUGAUAACAGUACACUAUCUAUCUUAUACAAUGGCAUGCCUGUUGGAGAGGCUGUGAUCCCCCGGGGACGUACCAAAGCGCGAAAAACACAGAAAUUUAACAUUUCAGUUGCUGUAAGUACUGAUAGGCUUUCUGGGGAUACAAAUCUUGGAAAUGAUAUGAAUUCUGGGAUUUUAAGGUUGAGUAGCCGUGCAAAGUUGAGUGGGAAGGUUCAUUUGAUGAAGGUUAUUAAGAAGAAGAAAUCUGGUGAAAUGAACUGUGAUUGGGCUAUCAAUUUAGGAACUAGACAGGUUCAGGGUUUGAUGUGCAAAUGA